AUGAGGACCGAGGAGGAUGACCGAGCGAGUGACGGCAGCUCUCCUCGCACGACCAGAACGCCCUCAAAGCAAGUCGAGGCCACGAGCGAGGCCAACCUCAUCCAGGCGAUCACCGAUCUCGGCUCGCCGUCAGAUCAGGGAUGGCUGGACUUGAUGUCAGUCGACCGCGAGACAUAUGGCCUGCCACGUGCUGACAUGGGCCUGAAUGAGGCACAACGCGAAUUCCACCCAGCAGCGUUCCCGUACCACGAGCUAUCCGAGUUGUGCGCUGGAGCCGACGCGGCGCUUGCGCGCCGCGCGCUCAUUGCCGCCCAUCUGAGCGCCCGGCAGGGGCUUCUCGAUCCUGGGGACCUGCACACGGUGCGGAAGCUGAAGAAGCUUUGGCUGCACGAGCAGCAGGGCCGCGUGCGCACCGCCCUGCUGAAGGUCCGGCCCCUCUUCUUUGGCACAGCCUCGGGCCUGAACGCCCUGACCCGGAUCCGGCUGGCCGCAUUUCCGCGCACACGGGCCCUUGUGCUGCUGGUGCUCAACGACAUGCUGCGCGGCUACUCGGAGAUGAUCUACUGCUGCAACCCGUGGUGCGGUCUGCUCGUUUUCUUUGCCCUCGCGAUAGAAAACGCGUGGCUGUCCCUGUGCACCUUUGCCGGGUGCAUGUCGUCGAUCGCUGCUGGGCGUGCGCUGGGCGUGGCGCCCGGGCUCCUGAGCUUUGGGCUGAUCCAGUUUCGGUGCAUGUUUGCGGCGCAAGCCAUUGGGCAGCGCAACAUGCAGACCCCGCCUCAGGACCUCAGCUGGGAGAGCGCAAAGCUGGCGCGGUGCUUCUCGCUGAUCUCCGUCUCCUCCCUGUGGAUCACCGUGCUCGUCAUCGGCCCGUCCGGCCUCCUCCUCCCCACAAUCAAGGUCUCCGACUACGGGUUGGUCCAGCAGCUCGGGCUGACCUGCAUUCUUCUUUGGGGCGCCUCGAAUGAGCUCUUUGAUAACGGCUUUGGUCGAGAUUCCUACCCCCCGCAAUGGCUGCUCCACUUCGAUCCCGUCGACAGCUACGGGGCAGAGAGUCUCGACCACGUCGACUGGAGCCAAGCGGCGCAUGCAAUCUUCCGCUCGACUGGCAGCACGGUGUGGCUCAAAGGCACGCCAGCGUGCGCGCUCAUAUGGAUUGGCAUCAUCCUCACGAGCCCGCUCUUUGCGCUCUGGUUCGCCUUUGGGGCUACGGUCGGGCAGCUCACCCUCAUCUACGGCGGAGCGUCCGCGAGCGUCGUUCAUGCCGGCUUGGGGCUCUGGAAUCCCGCAAUGGUGGCGCUGUGCAUCGGCUGCAUGGUAAACGUCCCCAGCGGCUCGUCCGUCUUAUACAGCGCGAUCGCCGCUUCGUUCACCGUCGCCUUGGACAACGCAUUGUCCAUGGUGUUUAGCGUGUUCGAGCUGCCGUGCACCAUCUCGCACGCGCUUGCGAGCAUCAUUUUCACGCUGCUGCGGUUCACCAAGACGCGCAUGGUGCCUGUGGACAUCAUCGACAGCACGGUUGCCGAGGACCACCUCUAUCAGUACUCCAUGGCCAACACCUGCAUCGAUGAGCUGGCCGAAGUGGUCAACAGGGCGCUGGGUCCGCGCCCAGACCGGUCCUCGGCUUCCCUGGCCACGCGCGAGGCGUGGAGCUUGAGAAAGCUCGCCACGUCGGCGGUGGACCUGCUCUACAUGGUGCUCUCCUUCGGCGCAUUCUCGCGCAGCGAGCUGACCACGGCAGGCGGUGUACACGUCCGUGAUCUGAAGCGCGCGCCCUUCGAGCGGAUCGUUGAGACGCUGCGCAGGGUCUUUGCGCUUCUGGCCGCCGCAGAGGUCGACGAUGAGACAGAUGCCGAGACGCUUCCAGCUCGUGUGCUUGCGCUCCUGCUCCUGAGCGGAGACGUCUCGCUCACCGCCGAGGGCAUCCAGGAGUUUCGGUCCCGCUGGGAUUUGCACAGUGGCAGCGCAAGCAGCUGCUAUCUCUGUGGCAAGGUCGGGCACUGGUCGCAUGAGUGCCCCAGCAGCAAGAAGCAGACGGCCGAGGCGCAAGAGCAUGCAAAGACCAGCCCAAAGCUACGGCGCCCGAUGCUGCCAGCGAUACCGAGCGGCGACAUGCUGCCAUGGUUUCACCGGAUUGAGCCGCUGCCUGGGGCGAACGAGGCAGCCAGGACGGCUGCGCCCAAGGGCGGUCAGCCAGCCAAGGCCAAGCCGACGAAGCUGACGCGGGCGACCACUCGAGAGUCCUCCAUGAUUUUUGCUCUGCUCCAGCUUCACCAUGAGCUCGCCAUGUCCGAGAAGGUGGGGGAGUUCUUCCGCCUCUUCGACCCGGGUGGGCGCGGCACCAUCACCGAGUACGAGCUGGUCUCGGCGCUGUCGGGCAUCUCGGAUGACCAGGAGGACCUGGCCCCCCGCGUGGCACAUAUCUUCAGAGUGGCGGACGCUGAUGGCAACGGCUCGAUCUCAAAGGCAGAGCUGAGGGCCAUGCUGCUGGAGACUCGAGCGGAGAAGGCUUACAGCGUCAAAUUGUGGGCGCGCAUUACGGAUGCGUGCAGCCGCCUGCCCGCCCCCACGCCGACUAUUAAGACCAGGGCGAUGAGGGUCGUCGCCGCCCUGCGAAGCCACUUCGAGAGUGAUUUGACCAAUCGACCGACCGAGCGCGAGUGUGGCGUCACGUUUGCGUAG